UCGCAACUUCCAAACGAGCCUAAUAGAUUUUGACUUCGCUCUUGAAAAAUGGUCUAAUAGCUUCAACUUUUAAGUAUUAAACAAACUGAUUCUGGUACUGGUAUAAUUUAUCGCUAGAAAACUGUGGAUACAUGAUAUUCGAGGGCAAUGUUUGCUGCUAAAGAAUAUACUAAUUCAACAAAGAUUCGAGUGUGAACAGUGAAACCUAAAAGUGCGAAAUUGUCUACUGUGUGCAUUUUCACCCAAUCUUUUCAGUUCUCACCGAAAUUGUCAUCGCCUCAAAUUCAUCCAUCCGCAGAGACGAAAAAUACAGAUUGGCUAUGAAACCUCCACGUUCAACCCUCUUGUGGGCACCCUCCACGUGUCCAUUUCUCCGCUGCCCACCAAUUCCCAUUCCCAUUACCAUACAUACACGCAAGAAGGAUCCAAGCCAAAGAAGCAUCAAUAACCCAAUUGCCAAUCUCCAAUUCCCCCCUUCCAUUUCACACAAAAUCACAAACUUACUACUGAGGCUGAGAUUGAGAACCAAGACGAAGGCGAGGCGGCAUCCAAUUUCCAUCCUCCCUUUUGGCCGCGUCUUGAUUGAUUGGGUCCUACAAUCUACAUCCCCUGGCUUUCUCUCCAUAUAAAUAAGGGAACCCAGAUGCUCCGUUCUUCAAUCCGCACCCUCUCCCGUCAAAAUCUCAUCUUUGCUUCUGCUUCUCUUCGCGCUCCUCGUCACUCGUUUUCUUCUUCGUUGGGUUCAUCGCUGAUCGUUUUCCGUUUCCCGCAUCACCCAUCACGGUCUUUGAACCCUCCGCCGCUGUCGCUUUCUUCUUCUACUGCUAAUUCUCUGAGAUUCGAUCGCGCUAUGGCCAGCAAUUCCGACUCUCCCCAGUCCAUCUACGACUUCACUGUCAAGGAUGCCAGGGGGAAGGAUGUUGAUCUCAGUAUCUACAAGGGGAAGGUUCUUAUGAUUGUUAAUGUCGCUUCUCAGUGCGGCUUGACCGAUUCGAACUACACCGAGCUGACUCAGCUGUACCAGAAGUACAAGGCUCAAGGUUUGGAGAUCUUGGCUUUCCCUUGCAACCAGUUUGGAUCUCAGGAACCUGGAAACAAUGAACAAAUUGUGGAGUUUGCUUGUACUCGUUUCAAGGCCGAGUACCCCAUUUUCGAUAAGGUUGAGGUGAAUGGUAAAGAAGCUGCUCCAAUUUACAAGUUCCUAAAGUCGAGCAAAGGUGGACUGUUUGGGGAUGGUAUCAAGUGGAACUUCACCAAGUUCCUUGUCAACAAAGAGGGACAGGUCGUCGAGCGCUAUGCUCCUACUACCUCCCCUCUCAGCAUGGAGAAAGACGUGAAGAAACUGCUUGGAAUUGCCUAAGGCAUUGGAACUAGAGUGUACACUGUCUAUCAGACAGGGUUUAUGGAUGAAUAAGGAAGAAACUAGCUCCAAUAUUGCAGCAUCUUCUGUAAAACAUCCUAAUAAUAGACAUCUGAAUUGCUUGUAUUUUGUUGCUUGUCUGGAAAGAGUGUAAUAAUAUAGUUACAGACUUACAGUUAUCUUCAAUCGUCAUUAUCUCUUCUUUUCCUUCCAUUAUUUGCCACCUCUGUGUCCAAUUUAGCUGGUAUGGAUCUGGAAAACGUUUCCUUUCUUUCCAAGAACAAAGUUGUAGAUAAUGA